AACACAUUUUUCUUUUUGUUUUCCAGGAUCUUUCACAAAUGGAACAUUUUUUGGCUGAUAUUUCGGCAUUUGAAAAGCUGAGUAAUCUGCAUCUAACUUACUUUGUUACCAUUGAAAGUUUGCUACACUUACUUUUAAAGUCACCAUGUUUGGAGACUCUAGUUUUAGAGGGACCAAUAUAUUCUGACAACAAACCGCCAAAUUUUGCGUCCGUACCUGAAUGUUUUCUAUCUACUCUUAAAGUGGUAAGAUUUGAAAAGUUUGCAGGUGGUGAGCCAGAGUUUAAUUUUGCUAAAUUUGUUAUGGAAAAAAGUCAAAUUUUGGAGAGUAUUAGUUUCUCAUGUUAUAAGUUGCGCGGGGCAAAACUCAAAAAAGUUAAGAAGAAAAUAUUCUUAGUGAAGAGAAGUUUGAACAAGAAAAUAUUCUUAGUGAAGAGAAGUUUUAACGUUGUUGUUGGUUUAUUGGUUGUUGUUGGUAAUUUGGUUGUUGUUGUUGGUAAUAUUGUUUUUGGUGAUUUUGUUGGAAAUUCGGUGGUGGUUGUUGUUGGAAAUUCGGUGGUGGUUGUUUUUGUUGGAAAUUUUGUGGUAGUUGUUGUUGUUGGAAAAUUUAUGGUUGUUGUUGUUGGAAAUACGGUUGUUGUGCUCGCGGGUCUGCCAAAUAGAAAGGGUCAGACACAAACAUUUCAGGAUUUGUGA